CGCCAGUUGAGUGUGCCGCAGCAUCGCAUAUGAUACCACCCCCCUCCUGCAUCCUUUUUGAUCCUUCACAAGUCAAAAGGGCAUCGACCAAGACAUCGAGUCUUGAUUUCACACGAUGCCUCUGGUACAUGGCUUGUCGUCCCUCCGAGACACGACCGAAAGAAAGCCUGCAUCUACGGUGGCAUCGCACGAACAUGGCCAAGGCCAAUCAAGCGAGUCAGCACGGAGUUUGUCUUGACGCCGGUCUGCCUGCGUGCCAAGUCUUCUAAUCAACGCGGAAGAAGCAUACCACGUCGAUAUCAAGCGCGGCAGUCAUCAUGAACACCCAGGGUGCAUCGGCAAGCAGACCGGCUUUGCCUGCCAUUCUCUGAUCAUCACCAUUUCUGGCUGUUCUCUCUGGCCGUGUCAUCCCCGAAAGUCUGUGUUCCCAUCACUCUCGACUCACGUCGUCAACCGCGUCAUCAAUCUCGCCCAAGAUGCCCCACAAGCUCACCGUCAAGCACAAGCGCGGCAAGCCGGGAGCCGUCUACUACCCGCUCCAGCUCCACGCCGUGCCCAAGCCCUGCCCGGGCUCCGGCCAGUUGCUCGUCAAGAUAGCUGCCGCAGCCCUGAACCACCGAGACAUCUUCAUCCGGCAGCAGCUCUACCCGGGCAUCUCAUUCGAGGCGCCCCUUUUCUCAGAUGCCUGCGGGGAGGUGGUCGAGGCCGGGCCCGGCUGCACCCGCGGCGCCGAGGUCCUGAACAAGCUCGUUGUGCUGACGCCCUUCCGCGGCUGGGCCACCGACCCCGCCGGGCCCGAGGACUGGGCCCAGUUCUGCACCAUUGGCGGUGUCGGCCCGCACCACCACCUCGGCGGCGCCCAGACGUACGUCGUCGUCGACGAGGGCGAGGUCGAGCCGCUGCCGGCGCACCUCAGCGCGGUCGAGGGCGCCGCUCUGCCCUCGGCGGGCGUCACGGCCUACCGCGCGCUGUUCACCAAGGCCGCCUCGGCUGCCCAGCAGGGCAGGAACAUACUCGUCACGGGCAUCGGUGGCGGCGUGGCGCUGCAGGUUUUGCAGCUGGCCGUCGCCCGCGGCGUCAACGUCUACGUCACGUCGGGCAGCGAGGCCAAGAUUGCGCGGGCGCGGCAGCUCGGCGCGCGCGACGGCGUGCUGUACACGCACAGCGAGUGGCCCAAGGAAUUGGCCAAGCUGCUGCCGGCCGAGCGGCCGCUCCUCGACGCCGUCGUCGACGGAGCCGGCGGCGACAUUGUUGUGCGCAGCAUCCCGCUGCUCCGGCCCGGCGGCGUCAUCUCGGUCUACGGCAUGACGCUCGCCCCCGUCAUGGACUGGCCCAUGCAGGCCGUCAUGAAGAACAUUGAGCUGCGCGGAACCACUCUCGGGUCGCGCGUCGAGUUUGCCGACUUUGUCGAGUUUGUGGGCCAGCACAAGAUCCGCCCGGUCGUGUCCAGGAGCGUCAAGGGGCUGGACUGUGUGGACGCCAUUGAGGGCCUGUUUGACGAGCUCAAGGAGGGGAAGCAGUUUGGCAAGUUGGUUGUAGAGAUUUGAGCAUCUAUAAGACUGUCACGGAGCUUGAGGAUGGGGUCCCGCGCGCUCCAAUGUAGCUCAUGUCCAAACCGCCUGGAACGGCUGUGUAGUGUCGGACAAACUUAGUCCAACCCGAUCAUGAUUGCCAGUUGCCACUCCACAUGGCUCUUUAAUCUGCUUAUAGUGAACAAACAAGCUGCAGCAGCAAACUCAGAUUCUUAUGCUUG